AUGGCUGAACCACAAGCUAUGUAUGCCACGGACGAGUAUGGGCGUCCCUUCAUCAUUCUGCGAGAACAGGCGAAGAAGACUCGCAGUCAUGGUGUAGAGGCAAUCAAAUCGCACAUUCUCGCCGCCCGGACUGUCGCAAACAUCAUUCGCACAUCCCUCGGCCCGCGAGGGCUCGACAAGAUCCUCAUCUCCCCGGAUGGCGAUAUCACGGUGACUAACGAUGGCGCUACCAUCCUCAGUCAGAUGGAAGUCGACCACCAGAUCGCAAAGCUGCUCGUGCAAUUGUCCAAGAGCCAGGACGAUGAGAUCGGGGAUGGUACUACGGGUGUCGUUGUCCUCGCUGGUGCACUUCUGGAGCAGAGUGAAGCGCUGCUCGACCGCGGCAUCCAUCCGAUCCGAAUAGCAGAUGGCUUCGACCGCGCAUGUGUUGUUGCAGUAGAGCACCUGGACAAAAUCUCUGACAAAGUAGAGUUCACACUCUCUGACACCUCCAACCUCGUCAAAACGGCCAAGACCAGUCUUGGAAGCAAAAUGUCAUGUUCGAUGGAGCAUGACAAGUUCGCAGAGAUCGCGGUAGACGCUGUCCUUGCAGUAGCGGACUUCGAGCGCAAGGACGUGCCUUUCGACCUCAUCAAGGUGGAUGGCAAGGGACGCGAAAAUGCGAUCCUCACCUGUCCGUUCGAGCCUCCCCGCCCGAAGACGAAACACAAGCUCGACAUUACUAGCGUAGACGAGUACAAGCGGCUGAGAGAGUACGAGCAGGACAAGUUCCAGAGCAUGAUCAAGCAGGUGAAGGACACCGGCGCGAACCUCGCGAACCACCUUCUCAUGCAGAACGAUCUCCCCUCUGUGCGAUGGGUCGGUGGCCCUGAGAUCGAGGUGUGCACCCUCUAUUUUCGUUCCUCAUUGCAUCGCAACAAUGGUCGCAUCGUCCCGCGCUUUGAAGACCUUACGGCAGAGAAGCUCGGCAAGGCGGGUAUCGUACGCGAGGUGUCCUUCGGGACCACAAGGGACAAGAUGCUGGUGAUCGAGGAGGGGAGCAACAAGAUGAUCGUGGACGAGGCGAAGCGCGCCCUCCACGACGCGCUCUGCGCGGUCCGGAACAUUGUCGUUGACAACCGUGUAGUGUACGGUGGAGGUGCGGCGGACAUCAGCUGUUCGCUCGCGGUUGCGAAAGCUGCGGAUGAGAUCCCGUCUAUCGAGCAGUAUGCGAUGCGCGCGUUUGCGUCCGCGCUGGAUUCUGUGCCCCUCGCGCUCGCGGAGAACAGCGGUUUGUCGCCGAUAGAAACGCUCGCGGAGGUCAAGAGCCGGCAGGUCAAGGAGGGCAACUCCGUUCUCGGCAUUGACUGCUUGGGACGGGGAGACAUCGACAUGAAGAAGCAGUUUGUCUACGACCCGCUCAUCUCGAAGCGCCAGCAAUAUCUUUUGGCGACACAGUUGGUACGGGCUGUACUCAAAAUAGACGACGUCAUUGUCUCUGGACAAGCAGAGGAGUAGAUCAAGCAAUAAUCUGUAUCAUUAAAUGCAUGCUGUGCAUAAUCCACACAUCGCUCUGUUGCCGGCCGGUACUCACGUUCAUGCCUGUCAUUAGCAUACAGCUUGCUGCAUAAUUGACAUGGUCUGUGUCGCAUACAUGAUGUUUGCGGCCAUGGACCUCACAAGUCUCAGUUCAUUAUAACUUAGUAGAUUGUUUUGUCUCGAGAGGUCCAUUGUCGGUCCAAAGCAGACGUCACAGUAAGGAACAAAAUACAGGAAAUGAGGUAUCAACUUCGUCUUCUGGAUGUGCUACACUGUAUCUG